AUUUUUUGGAGAACUUAUACGCGCACAAUUGAAAUAAAACCCUUAUUUUAAGAGUAUAAAAGGCGAAAUGUCCUCGUUUUUCCAUUGAUAUGUUCUCCAGCCAUCGACACCUGAAGCGGCGAACACCAGCGCAGGGCAUAGACCGGCGGGAGUAUAUCGGGCACCUGGUCGAGGAGUAUUACACGACGACCAACGUCGAGGCCCAGGAGCAGGUGACUGCGAAUUUGGCCAAUUUUGCCUACGACCCGAUUAACUGGCCUCAUCUAAUAGAAGCUGAUGCCUUGGACGUUUUCGUGGCAACGCUGGAGUCGCAGGACCAGCACUUAAAGCUACACGGCAUUGCGGCAUUGUGUAACAUCUGCUUGGACAAAAGUGCAGCUAAAUUCAUUAGGGAGCACUUGAACCAAAUAAUCGUUCUGUUUGUGCGUACGGACCAUCCGGAAAUAGUGCUCCACAGCCUGGCGCUCUUCUACCAGCUUCUGGAGGCCAAUCAGGUGGACAGAGAGUUAUUGUUGACCCCUUCGUUGCUGAGAACGGUGCAAGAGUGGCGACUAAAGGCCCACGACAAGCGCAUUGUCAAGCUGCAAGCAGCAGCACCACCGAAGCAGGUGCAAGUAGUUAAGCGUUUCUCGCAAAGCGACCUGGAGCAGUUUGCCCAGUUCACGGGCGACCACAACUACAUCCACAGCCUGGACACACCCAUUGAGGAACGGCGUGUGCACGGAGCACUACUCAAUGCCGUGGUAGCUGGCAUUAUCGGCACAAAGCUGCCGGGACCCGGCACCGUGGUUUUGGAACAGAACUUCCGCUUCCUGAAGCCUUGCCGCAUUGAGACGGACACGGUGGUGACAGUUCGUCUUCUGGAGGCGCGUAAAAUAGCCACCGUGGAGUACGAGUGCCGGCAGAACGACGAGGUGGUGUUCGCCGGCAGAGCCAAGUUGCUGACCCGCAGCCAAACAGACUAGAGCUAUUUCAAUAAAAAGACU